AAGCAAAUUGUUCUGCUACCGUCAGUUAAACAUGCCGUUGCUAUAGCAACGCCUACUGACAGUUUCAGCUGAUUUCUUUCAGCUAUUUUGUGACUGUUUUUGAGCUUUGAUAUGUUUUAAUUAGUUUUUCUGUGAUCAGUUUUGUGCUAACUAAGCUAGCCGAAGCUAUCCCAGACGGAUGUGUUGUUAAUACAACAUUCUAGGCAACUAUUCAUUUACCCUUGGUCUAACGGUGAAUUCAUUCAACUGUGUUGGAGCUGGACUGAGCAGACCAAAGAUGGAUCAGUUGUCCGAUGAGGAGGUGGAGGUCAGGGAGGAAGAGGAGGAGGAAGAGGAGGACAGCGAUAAGGAGGACCAGGACCUGGACAAGAUGUUUGGAGCCUGGCUGGGAGAGCUGGACAAACUCACACAGAGUCUGGAUGAUGGUCGCCCUGAGCAACCCACUCAGCAGAAAGCUCCCCUCAGACAAGAGACCAACAUGGCCAACUUCUCCUACAGAUUCUCAAUCUACAACAUCAACGAGGCGUUGAAUCAGGGGGAGAACGUGGAUCUUGAUGCUCUCAUGGCUGAUCUCUGCUCGAUCGAACAGGAACUCAGCACCAUCAACACCAAACCCAACAGCGUCGGCAGCAUGGCUCGCCUGGGGUUGACCGACACCAAGGUCCGUCAGAAGCCUCCAGCAGGGCGCAGCAGCAGGCAGCAGCCAGCAGGGAGCAGCAGCAGUGGUGGUGGUGGAAGCAGUAGUAACAGUGUUAGUGGUGGGGGGGGCAGCAGCGGGGCGAGCAGUAGCAGCAGCAGCACUAGAGCGUCACCCGCUGGCACUAUCAGAGCUCCCACCGGGCAUCAUGGGAGACCGGCACUGGCUUCUAACUUCAGUCUUGAUGACAUCACUGCCCAGCUGGAGAAGGCGUCUCUCAGCAUGGAUGAAGCUGCUCGUCAGACCUCCUCCCACUCUCUUAGCUCCGCCUCCUCCUAUACAUCAGCCACGAUGCGGCGGCCUGGAUCCUCUCAGCGCCAACAUCGACGCACAGGAUCAGUCGGCACAGUCAGCGAACACGAGGCGCGUUCAAUUGUUCACUCCUCGCGCUCCUCCGUCACCUCGGCAUCUGGGGUUUCCGUUAACUCUGCUUCUUCCAUGGACUCACUGGACAGUGUUCUUCGCUCCAGUGAAUCAGACAGUCAGCAGUCUUCAGUUACGCCCUCAGCUGAAGGAGCCAGUAAAGGUCAUCACAACACAGAGCACUCCUAUCUGGACAGGGAAACCUCUCUGAUUCUGAGAAACAUAGCAGGGAAACCUUCCCACCUGCUGACCAAGGAGGAGCAAGCUGCCAAGCUGAAGGCAGACAAUAUCCGAGUCGCCCUGGAGAAGAUCAAGGAGGCCCAGGUUAAAAAGCUGGUGAUUCGCGUUCAUUUGUCAGACGAGAGCUCAAAGACCAUGAUGGUGGACGAGAGACAGACAGUCAGACAGGUUUUGGACAGUUUGCUGGAGAAAUCUCACUGUGGUUACAGUCCAGACUGGUCACUGGUGGAAACCAUCAACGAGCUUCAGAUGGAGCGGAUUUUCGAAGAUCAUGAGAACCUGGUGGAGAACCUGCUGAACUGGACCAGAGACAGCCAGAACCGCCUGAUGUUCACUGAACGCAUCGAGAAGUACGCUCUGUUCAAAAACCCUCAGAACUAUUUGUUGGGGCGUAAGGAGACAUGUGAGAUGGCCGAAAGAAACAAAGAGGCACUGUUAGAGGAGUGUUUCGGCGGCAGCUCAGUGUCCGUCCCCGAGAUGGAGGGAGUGUUGUGGCUGAAAGAGGAUGGCAAGAAGUCGUGGAAGAAACGCUACUUUCUGCUGAGGGCUUCUGGCAUCUAUUAUGUUCCCAAGGGAAAGGCCAAGGCAUCCAGAGACCUGGUGUGUUUUCUCCAGUUGGAUCACGUUAAUGUCUACCACGGCCAGGACUACAAGAGCAAGUACAAGGCUCCUACAGACUACUGCAUGGUGCUGAAGCACCCUCAGAUCCAGAAGAAGUCUCAGUACGUCAAGUACCUCUGCUGUGAUGAUGUCAGAACCCUCCAACAAUGGAUCAACAGUAUUCGCAUUGCCAAGUAUGGGAAGCAGCUGUACAUCAACUUCCAGGAGGCAAUGAGGAGGACGGAGGCGGCCUACGAUUGGUCGUCCCUCUCUUCUUCCUCCAUCAAGUCAGGAUCCAGCUCCUCCAGCCUUCCAGAGUCCCAGUCCAACCACUCCAGCCAAUCAGACAGUGGCGUAUCAGAGAUGACAUCAUCAGGCCACACCCGCUCCCAGAGUGUCGUCAGCUCCAUCUUCUCCGAUGCCUGGAGGAGAGGAACACAAGGAGAGAUGAUGAGGAUCGACCCUAUCAGUAGGCCUAUCCCUGUCCAGAUACCUUCCCUCUCCCCACAGCCCCUCCCUCUCUCUCAGACCCCACCCUCCCGGACCAGCUACACCGACGGCCUCGUCCCAUCUGAGGAUUCCUCCCCAUCACCGCCCUCGCCUCCUCCACCUCCGCCUCCCCCCAUCGCAAGUGUGGCCCAUCAGCCAGCACCUACCUCCUCAUACAUUAAGUACAGCACGCUGGCUCGCCUGCAGAGCCAGAACCAAUCCAGGACACAGCCGGCAGGAGCCGCCCCACCUGCCCUUCCCAUCCAAUCUACCAAAUCCAACUACAAUACCCUCCCAGCUGCUUACAGCACCUCCCCUCCACUACCACCAUCUCCUCCCCCUCCUCCUCCACCCACGGUGCCAGCUCCUGGCUCAGCCAUGGCCGCACUUAAAUUUGGUCCAUCAAGCCCCUCUGCUCUCCCGCCGCCACCCCCACUGGAGGACGACCUGCAGGAGCCCUGCUACCUGCCGCCUCCUCCACCGGAGAGCCUGGAGGCCAAUGGGUUGCCUCCACCUCCCCCCCCAGAGCCCAUCCCCAACUCCUGCCCUCAACUCUCUAACAGUGGCCUCCAGCAGUUCCUGGCACAGAAGUUUCCCAACAUGGUGUACGACUUCAGCCAAACUGUGGCUGAGGAUAAUUCUCCUCUUCCUCCACCUGAGCUUUCUCCUCCUACCUCCCUGCAAGUUCUCCAGCCUCUGUCCCCCAAUGCACCCCCCCCUGCACCUCCCAAAACCUUUGCUGGUGGUUUUCCCCCUCAAACUGCUCCCAAACCCUCUGGUCCCUCUUCCCUUCCAAUUGCCCUCUCACCUGUGUCACCAACACAGCCCCACAGCAGCCACGGACCAGUUAAAAAGCAGCAAAGUUUCUCAACAGGACAUUCCCCAAAUCAGCCACCUCCCACUCUGCCAAAGCAGCACAGCCUCUCCUCCAAAAACCUUGCCCUCUCUCCCUCUUCCUCCUCUUCUUCUGUCUCCAUCGCAGCUGCCACCUCCUCUUUGGUCAAACAGAUUGUCAAUCAGUUCCCAGGAAACUCUGCUCCUUCCUCUCUACCUGCCUCCAACUCCAUGGAAGGAUCUAAGUUCACUGCUCCUCAGUCUCCUCCAGCGGUCAAGGCCAAACCAAAGUGGCAGCCAGGAGGCGUUGUGGCUCCACAGUCCCCAGAGUUCCCCCCACCUCCUCCUGACAGCUCCCUAGGAGAUUUCCCUCCUCCUCCCCCCUCUUCAUCCUCCUCCAAGACGGGCUCCCCCAUAAAGAAGUCGCCUUCCACCUCAUCCACAGGAUCCACCAGGCGGGGCCCUCCACCAGCCCCACAGAGAGCCUCCUCCAUCAGGUGCAGUUCAUCAGGCGAGACCCAAGAUGAGAGGCCAAAGAAGGUGGAGAGCCUGGUCAACAAAUUUGGCCAAGCUCCUCAAACAGGUACCUCGUCCAGCUCCUCGUCAGUGACUGGGUCUCCUUCAAAAGAUUCCUCUGCGCUUCCUGCUCCACUCCCUAAGCCGGGGAAGCUGAACUUGGCGAACCUCCCAUUGGCGCUCCAGGGCCUGCAAACGGGCCAGCACCAUCAGCCCUCUGAGUUUCCAUCCCCUCCUCCCCCACCUCCCCCCUCCCAGCCUCCUCACCUCGACUCAUCACCUGACUACUUCCCGCCUCCCCCCAGUGACUCUGAGCUUUUCCCUCCUCCUCCCCACCCAUCAGAGUUCCAUCACCCCCCAAAGGUUGCCGUGGUGAACCCACAGCCUCAGAUGCAGCCGCCUCAACAGUUGGCAACCUCCUCCGUGUCGUCAUCAUGGAAACAAGGCUCACUGAAAAAGGGGGCAGUCCCGCCUCCAACACUGAACCGGCGGACCAGCAACACAAUCCAGUAUGACAAUACAACUUCAAUGCCCCUCUCACCGCCUCCCCUGUCCCAGACCCCACCUCCCUCCCUGUCCUCUUAUUCUUCUUCCUCCUCUCCUAUCCCCCCAACCUCCCCAAAAUCACCAGGACCGAGCUCCCUGGCACUAAAGCCUCUUUUCCUGGAAGACCUCAACCGCACCCUUAAGAGGAAGUCGGUGUCUCGCCAUGGCUCACUCACCUCUUCCCACCUCAUCUCCUCCUCUAAGAUGGAGCCUAUGGGCACCAUGGACGACAUGGCACUCCUACCGCCUCCUCCCCCUGAGCUCCUGCAGCAGCAACAGCAGGGUGUCCGAGGACACUCCCACACUUUAUCGCGCCACCACACACACUCCCACUCCACUAAACAUGCCAACAUCUCAGGCUAUGCAACGCUGCGGCGAGGCCCACCUCCCGCUCCUCCAAAACGGGACCAAAGCACCAAACUGACCAGUGACUGGUAGGGAGCGAGGACACUGGGUGGAGCCUAAAGAACUGAACUGACUAUUUAGGUCUCAUCGUUCCUGCAGAGAAGAAAUAAUCAAUGUCUGUCUUGACUUGUCCGUCUCUCCUCAUCCUAAACCAUCCACCCUUGGAUUCCAAGCAAGUAGCAAGCCGUCUUUCCUACACUUAAUAUCAGAUUAUGAUUGUUCCUAUUAUCCUCAUUAUUACUAUCAUCCUCAUUACUAUCAUUACCAAUACAUGUUUAAUCCAAUGACAUGAGUAAAAAUAUAUAUAUAUGUAUAUAUAUAUAUAUAUAUAUCUGUAUACAAGCAAGCCAGAAAAAUCACCUAUCAAGCUUUUUUCACAAUGUCUGUGCAGCUUUGCAUUGAAAUAUACAAGACGAGACUUGAACGACAACAGCAACAGAGACAAUUUGCUGCAAAAUAACUGGUACUGCAUGGAGCCGUGGCAAUGGAAGUAAUGUUACUGAUGAAGGGAAGGAGCCAUUAAUGGAAGGAACAAGAGAUACGAAAGUGUGAUGAUGUGUAUAGAAAUGUAUGUUGUAUGAACUAGGGGGAUGGGAGCAUUGCCAUUUAUUUCAAAUUUUUUGUGUGUCGUUUUAUAUAAGAUUAUUUAAUAUUGGAAAGAUAUUGUUAUUAUAAUUAUUUUAAGUUUUUAAAAAGUGUCAAAAGAACGAGUUUGACUGGAUGUGGGUCUGUAUUCUCAAUAUGUCAGUUUUGAUCUGGGUUAUGAAACUAGCAUACAGCUAGUUUUAUUAUUUCAUCAAAUCCUUUACAUUUAGAGCUUCAUGGCUGAUUGGUUGGUGACUUCCAAGGGACAAGACUUAAUACUUAAAUGCACACUGAUUGAACAAAUACUUCUUGUAAGUCAACUAGAGAAUCAGCCAGUAAAGCUGUGCUCAGAUUACAGCCGUUUUGAAAUCCUAACCAGUUUUGAAAUCAAAUGGAAUCACACACUAUUAUUACAAUUAUUACACCAGAGGGAACUAUACACCAGUUAUCACUUCUUCCCUUCCCUCUGUCAAGUUACAUGUCUUGGGGGCCAUCAGGACAUUGCUUGCACUUCUAGACCUGCCUUUCCCUCAUCUCAGCUGUCCAAAUAACCCAUUCAGAUUUCGAUUUGUUAAUAUCAAUCCGUUUUGCAUUAUCAUGACCACAGAGAGUCAACCAGAACCUCCUUUAAUCUGAGCACAGCCUUAGCAAGUCAGUCAGCAAGCAACAACAAACCAACUUGGACACAGACUUGAUUACCACCUUGUUGAAACAGACUCUAUUCUGUUAAUUCAUCAGUAAGUCAUUCAGUUAAUUAGGUAGUUUGAUAUCUAGUAGACCAAGCAGCUAUUCAGCUACGAUGAACUCUGUCAGAAAGAAGGUGAUCAUCAAUUUGCUAGUUAAUAAAUCAGUCACUUGUUUGUCAUCUUAACGACUGGUCAGUCACUUUGCUAGUUAGUUAUUAAAAAGGAUGUGUGUCCACUUAGCAUCUUAAAUGGUCAGAGAAGCCCAAGCGACACCCUGGAAACAAGUGCCUGAAAAAUUAAAUGCUCAAACUGCUCACAGGUGCGUGGUAACAUCGUACCCCGCAGGAACCCGCAACUGUAACUUCUGUGAUGUCAACCAUUAGCUUUCUGACAUUUUGUAGCCAGGGGUUUAGGUUUACCAUUCACACACUGCCAUUUUUGUCAGAAAAUCCAAAUUUGGGCAAAAAGAAGCCUGGGAGGAUCUGAUAUGGGACAACAAGCAGCAACUAACAUGGGUGAGAGUGAUAGGCUUAGACAACUUUCAGGCAAGAGAACAUACUUGUCUACUAACCUUAAUUUCUUAUUAAUGGAAUAGUGAUUCUGAAAAUCAUCAUGACAGCUGGUAUUAGAACAAGUUGCGGUAAAAUUGUUAACCAACACUUACAGCCACUAUGUGCACAAUUUUAACAAUUUUACUCUAGCGCCCUUCAGUGAUAGUAUCAGAGAGUGGCCAUGCCCAGAGGCCUCAGGCAAAAUAGGAGUCUCUUUACGGUUGCAACCCCAUUGAGCUCCCAUAUCCAGUUAUAAUUCUUUAUUUCUUACUUGGGGUAACUUGUUUUUUUUGCCUCUGUUUCUGAACCUGGUGCCAGGAGGCAGUUGCAAGCACUCUAAAAGCAGUGGCACUUAAAGAAGGAUGCCUAAUGGAUACACUUUGGGAAUUAGCUAUCUAGUUAGUAAGUCAGUAUGAUUCUGUUUUUUAGCAACAUGUUUGAAAAAAUCUUGUCUGUUAGUCAGUUAGGUAGUCACUAUGGUAUCUUUCAGUUGGGCGGCUGCAUCAGAUUAGAUAGCCAGCUUGAUAAACCCAGUCAGUUAAGUAGGUAACUAGUCUGCUGCUCCAUCCAAGCACCCUUCCACACUCAUAGUUACAGAAACAUGGUUUGUCAUUUUAAAGAAGAAAAACUGUGUCCAGAUGAGCAGGUAAAGUUUUUCUAAAUACAUUUUCUGGUCAUAGUUAUAUAAUUAUUAUGUGCAGCUUAACUUUGGUCUGUAUCUACCUUCUCGUUUUUAUCAUCCUUGCAGUCACUAGAUUAAAAUGAUCUGCAUGACAUCACCAGUGCAACGGCCAGAUGCCAAAUAUUCUGCCCCAGCUUUGAUUUUUAAUGUGCAAUCAUUUGUUUUUGAAGUACUCUGAUUUAAUUUGAAUGUAUAAUUAUGGUUACAAAAUGAUUUCAAUUAGUUAUAACAUCAAAUGUGUCUGUUUUGUGAUAUUGUUGGAGGAGAGAAGUCACCCAAGAGAAGUAGGCUACUUCCUAUGCCCACUGCCCUGCAGGAAAAUAAUCACUAGGCCUACAUCAUGGUGUAUUUCAGUGACACUCAAGAACAACAUACAGUUUAAAACUGAUCGAUGUCUUGAAAUGUCUUGCUAAAGGACACCCAGCAGAGCACACGGCUGUUUUGGUGUCAGAUCUGCUGUUGCAUUUAAAAUAAAUGAGAAAAAUGAGUCAAACCGAAGUGCACAUUGUAAAAUUUUUCCACACAUCUAAUUUGAUUGUUCCCAGGCUUUGGAAAUUUGGGCAUUGAAAAGUGUGGAGGACGGACUUUCAGGCAUUGAGAAGCUGUGGGUUGGGCAGAGGUAUGGCAUCGCACUAUGUUCAAGUCGUUGUGAAUUGUCUUUAAGCCUUUUGUGAUGUCUGAUGAUGCAUGCAGUGGUGCAGUCAGACUGCCCAGCCCCUGACAGCAUACUAGCUCUUGGCAAAUAUGAAAGUAGUACUGCCUUCAAGUUGAAUUUGUGGGGUUGUGUUUUCAACAAGGGAACUUGAGUCUAUGUUGUUCUUGGCUUUCAAGUAGUUAAAACUGUUGCUCACAACAACGA